AUGAGGACUUUAUUUUUGCUUCUCGUCGCAGGUGCAUUGCUGGGCCGUGCCGCGCAAAACCAGGAGCUCAACUACGAGGAAAGCGUCCCUGCCCUGCCAUACGGCAAUAAUGCCGUCUCUGUCGAGUCCCACGGUAAUGUCUGGCUAAAUAUCCCAAAUUUUGCGGUGCAUGAACUCCCACAUAUCCAAAAGUCUGUGGGCAUCUCCUCCUUGGACAAUGCACGCAAGCUGCAAGUCAUUGCACGACUGACUCAGGCAGUAGCGAGUCGGCAUCGUGUUGCGAGCCCGCAAAUACAGGCUGGUUUGCUGGAUACUGUGAGAGGCAAGGCCUCCAAUACCGGUCCUGAUGAUCGUUUAAUCGAUUCCCACGCCAGUACAUCAAGCGCACCGUCCCUAGUUGAUGCUUCUAGAGCUCCCCCCGAAAAUCAUGCCCGACAUGAUCAGAAACAAGUACUAGCCUCGUUCUUAGUUGUGGCUAAACCGUUGGCUACAGCAGUUGUAAAGAGGGAGCCGAGUAUUGACCGCAAUCGGACUGUAUGCAGUGGCGCUAAUGUAGCUGUUGCUAGCGCCUGUAUAGCGCUAUUUGGGCGCGUUCGAAUGGAUACAACGUGGAAGUCAGGCGGUCCACGCAAUACCUGCUCUGAGCCAUGCUGCAUCAGCCAGAGUGCGAAUGCAGCCCUUUAA